CAGUUCAUGCGCAGAAAUUUCUUGAGUAAGGUUUUGAUGCUUUCUUUUAACUACUUUUUAUCUGCAUUAUCAGUGUUUUUCAAAGUACAAUAUUAUUUUAAUUAGCAAAUUUAUUGAGAUUGAUUGGCGUUCAAUUACUACCACAAUUUUUCAAUUAAUUCAAGUUUUCAAGUUCAAACAAAAAUAUAAAUCUUGGAAUUAUCGAUAACAUGAACCCCGGCAGUGAAUUAGAAAUUGAGUGGGUAAGGUCAAUGAACGUGAAUGAGGCGGCUGUCAAUCGGACUGUUGAAGCAUUCAAGAAGUACGUCAAGUAUCAUUCGUUCACUGUCGAUGAAGAGGUAGCAUGGCUUUUGCGAGCUGUCAGUGUUAUAGAUUUAACAACUCUUGCUGGAGAUGACACCGAUUCAAAUGUGCACAGAUUGUGUCGCAAGGCGCUGAAAGCAUUGUCUCCGUGUGUGCUGGAAUGUCCAGAAUUGGAGGAUUUCAUGUGUUUACGGACGGCUGCAGUGUGUGUUUAUCCAAGGCGAGUCGCGGCCGCCGUGGCUGCAGUUUCCAUCAACCAAUCAAAACCGGCCAUUCCGGUUGCAUCAGUGGCUAGCGGCUUUCCCAGCGGUCAGUAUCCUCUGGACAGUCGUCUGAAAGAGAUAGAGUACUGUGUGGCGAAUGGAGCGACGGAGAUAGAUAUAGUGGUGAGUCGCGACCUGGUCAUCACUGAGCAGUGGGAGGAGUUGUAUCGCGAAAUAAAGGCAAUGAAAGAGGCAUGCGGCGCGGCUCACCUCAAGACUAUCCUGGCAGCCGGCGAGUGCGCUACGCUCGCCAAUGUCUACAAAGCAUCACUGGUCGCCAUGAUGGCUGGUUCUGACUUCAUUAAAACAUCUACAGGAAAAGAAGCAGUCAAUGCCACCUUUCCCAUUGGAAUAGUGAUGUGCAGAGCAAUCAACAGCUAUCACAUUAGAACUGGGAUUAAAGUUGGCUUUAAACCAGCCGGAGGAAUACGCACGUACAAAGAUGCACUUGCCUGGCUGAUUCUGAUCAAGCAGCAACUUGGGCACGAGUGGAUGUCAUCUGAACUUUUCAGAAUUGGAGCAUCCGGACUUUUGACUGAUAUCGAAAAAAGGAUUUACUAUCUUCUCAAGAGUGAGAAAGACUCAUCAUGUUCCAAACCAGUUUUCACAACAUGAAAAGAGCUUUUAAGAGUAAAAUUAGCAAAAAUUAAAUUACUAUUUCAUGUUACCUGUUUUUGAGACUGAACUAUAUUCUAAAAUAUAAACGUUGUAAGAGAA